CUUUAGCCCGUAGGCCAUAGCAAUUUAAGCAAGCACUUCCGGAUACGCCACGGCUGUGUAGAGCUUUCGAGUAGGGUUUCCGACUUUCAUUUCGCCGUAAAAUGGUGGAGGCGGUUAGCAACGUCGACGAUCGAGGCGGCGGUUCCGAGGAGCACCUCCUUCUGCCGGAGACCGGAAGUACGGACUGCUCAUGGAGGCUGAACUUCGACGGCUUCCAGUUGUCGCCGGAUCACAAAGAGAAGCCUCCUCGCGGCCUCCAUGAUUGCCUCGGCGUUUUAAGAGAAGAAGAUAAUGUGGCAGAGUAUUAUCAGCAACAGGUAGAAAUGCUCGAGGGAUUUAAUGAAAUGGAUGCCUUGGCAGCUCGAGGUUUUGUGCCAGGAAUGUCGAAGGAAGAGAAGGAAAAGUUGGUUAAAAGUGAGACAACUGCUAUAAGGAUAUCAAAUGUUGCAAACAUGGUUCUCUUUGCCGCUAAGGUUUAUGCGUCUGUUCGGAGUGGGUCACUGGCCAUCAUAGCAUCCACAUUAGACUCUCUGCUUGAUCUUCUCUCUGGUUUUAUUUUGUGGUUUACAGCGUUUUCAAUGCAGACACCAAACCCAUAUCAAUAUCCAAUUGGAAAGAAACGUAUGCAACCUUUGGGAAUCCUUGUUUUUGCUUCUGUGAUGGCGACCUUAGGACUGCAGAUAAUUUUGGAAUCUGUACGCAAUCUUAUGUCUGAUGAAGCCGAUUUCAACCUUACUAAAGAGCAGGAACGUUGGGUUGUUGCAAUCAUGCUUUUUGUGACUCUGGUCAAACUAGUUUUGGUCUUCUAUUGUCGUUCCUUCACCAAUGAAAUCGUUAAAGCAUAUGCCCAAGACCAUUUCUUUGAUGUUAUCACUAACGUCAUUGGCCUUGUUGCUGCAUUACUUGCAAAUUACAUAGUUGAUUGGAUUGAUCCUGUUGGAGCUAUUAUUCUGGCUUUGUACACCAUCCGGACGUGGUCAAUGACCGUGCUGGAGAACGUGAACUCUCUGGUUGGCAAGUCAGCCACGCCGGAAUUUCUUCAGAAACUGACAUACCUGUGCUGGAAUCACCACAAGGCCAUAAGGCACAUCGACACCGUGAGGGCCUACACAUUCGGGUCCCACUACUUUGUCGAAAUCGACAUAGUCUUGCCUGCAGACAUGCCCUUGCAAGUGGCACACGACAUCGGGGAAUCCUUACAGGAGAAGAUUGAACUGCUGGAGGAGAUCGAGCGUGCCUUUGUUCAUCUUGAUUAUGAGUACAGCCACAAGCCCGAACACGCACAGGCGCAUCUGUAGUUAAAUACUCCGUAUGUCACUAUUCCUCAUGUUCUUCUCUUGGUUUUUAGCUGUAAUUAGGCAUAUGGUUCAGGAAAUAUGGCCGCGGUUGUAUUGUUUGUUGGAUCCAAGAAUGACACCAAGGUUGACACAACGAAAAACAAUCACACACAAACAAUUUAAGACAAUUGUUUGUGAGAUACAACAGUGUCAAUUUUUUGUGUCAUCCUUGGAUGUGAUGGUAGUAGCAUUACCCUGUUUAUUAGUGGGCUUUGAAUCACGGUUUGCAAACAGCCAAAUUAAGCUUGAUUUGUUAUUUUCGCCAACAUUUUUCUUUCACUUUUGUACCAUAAUUUUAAUUACUUUUGCAAAGGUAAAUGAUAUGGUGGUCCU